AACUAAUAUUUGUUUGAGAUAGUACUUCUUAUUUGUUUAAUUGUGAACUAGUAGUGUGUGAUAUUUUGUAAGUUUAGUCCUCAAUUAAUAGUAAUCUCCCAAGCGGUACUUUAAGAAGAAAAAUCAUUUAAACGAAGCAACUGCCACAUUUGCCCAAUUGAUUGAGAUCAUAAUUUCCUAUUUAUUCUGACCGUAGCUGUAGAGUUGACGGCAAAAUUAAACCGACGACCUAUGCAGUACAGCCUCCGAUCUUCUCCAAUCCCUGACUCCGUUCGGAUCCAAUUUUGAUCGGAUUCGGGUUUCUUCCAAUUCCUGGAAUUAAUCGAAAGCACAGUGAAAGAAUUGGCUGCACGCAGUUCGUUCAGAGAUCGAUAAACAUGGUGACCGACAUACUUCUUCAAAUUGCUCUCAUCCUCGUAAUGGUUGUCAUGUUCCUCGCUAUGCACAACAUUCCACAGAGAUACUUCGCCAAGCUCCGAUUGCGCUUCCGAUCCAACGUCGAAUCUAAACGCCACUUCGUGAGAGGCGCUCAGCUUCUCGCUCGAGCGAGAUCUGCUCCGUCGCGCUCCUCGGCCACAUCGUUAGCAGAAGAAGUCGUAGCGGAAGCCAAUAAGGCCAUAGCUCUCGACCCCAAGGAUGCCGCCGCUCACAUCCUCAAAGCUUUGGCUCUCGACGUUCAAGGGUUCAAAACCUCUGCUCUGGAAUCGCUCGAUACAGCUCUAUCGCCGCUCGUCGCUAAGUCGCUCAGCGAUGAAGAACGAGGCGACGCGUUGUUCAAGCGAGCUGAGUUGAAGAUGUCCACGAAUCGACGAGCCCUAGUUGACUCGGCUUUGGCUGAUUUGACCGAGUCCGUGACACUGAGUCAGAAUGCAAAUUCCUACUAUUGGUUGGGGAAAUGCUAUGAGAUGAAGAAAUUGAGAGAAGAGGCCAAGAAAGCAUAUGAAGAAGCUUUGAACAUCGAACCACGAUUAUCCAACGCUAGGGAGGCAUUGGAACGUCUAUCAUCGUCGUAAUCAAGCUGAUGUCUACUGUGAUCUAUGGAAUGUCAACGCUAGAAGAUAAGAGCAUCUCUCAAUUUUUCCAGGUCCAAAUAUCUCCUCCACUUUCGCUGAUUCUUGCUAAUGCCUUCCCUUAAGAUGUAUUACGAUUGAGAUGCUGAAUUGGCUCGUGAGAUGAAAUCCUAGAUGCGAUUCCCAUCUCCAUGAUAGGCGUUUGAAUGGGGUUUAAUAUUUGCCUAGUUUCCUUGUCUUUGAUUUAGUCUGUUGAUUUACCGUAGUUUUAGUCAAAAUUAGGGAUUGGAACAAACCCAGAAAGGAAAUUAGUAAUUAGCACGGUUAAUCUUCGAUGUAGCUUCGCUUCUCUGAUCUUCAAGAAAUGAAAUUCGGAAGUUGUCAAGA